AUGAGUUCUUCCGCAGAUGAUUUAUACGACUUCAUCCUAGUCGGGGCCGGUUCAGCUUCCUGCUUAAUCACCUCACGCCUCUCGCAGCAGCUACCCGACCAUCGGAUCCUUGUUCUGGAAGCAGGAGAACACAUUCGCAAUGACCCCAAAGUACAAACACCAGGUUUAGCGCACACCUUACAGUCCAAUCCAAUUUAUGACUGGCAGUAUUCCACAGGGCUGGAGCCGGGCUUGAAUGAGAGGAGCAUAAAACAUCCCAGAGGGAAAUUGGUGGGCGGUACCAGUGCGAUCAACAGUCACAGUAUUGUGUUUCCUAAUUACGAGUGGCACGAUCGUCUGGCAAAGGGGCUUUUAACCGAUGCGGGGGUGAAUGAUUGGAGUUCAGAGGGAAUGAAAGAGUGUUACGCGCGGUGGCAGGAUGAAAACUCUCAAACCAAAGCGAAUCAUGAUGAAGAGUCUCCGGAUCGUGUACAGACAUCAUUCCCUCGCUCCAUAGAUUUUCUGCAAUCGCAGUGGAUGAGAGUCUUUGAGGACUUUGGCCAUACGGCAGUUGCCACUGGCUUCACCGAGAGUUCUGUUGGACCAGUCAUGGUUACUAAUGCGAUUGAUGCUUCAAAAGGCGAGCGAAGCCAUGCUGGUACAGCAUUCUUGGAGCCCGCGUUGAAGCGAGGAAAUGUGACUUUGAGAACAGGGGUAAAAGUUGACAAGAUCGUAUUUGAUAAAGUGUUGACCGGAGGAAAGCUUAAUGCUACAGGUGUUCGGUACACACACCAAGGAGAGGAACAUUUUAUCAGUGGGCGUGAAAUUGUUCUCUGCGCAGGCGUGUUUGAGUCUCCUCUGAUUUUAGAACGAUCGGGUGUCGGAUCCAAAGAGGUACUCGCAGCCGCAGAUGUCCCAGUCUUGUACGAACUUCCAGGAGUUGGUGAGAACCUUCAAGAUCAUCUGAACUGUAGCUUGUCAUUCGAAACUCAUGAUGACGUCCCCACUCGCGACAAUGUGUACCGGGAUCCUGAAGUUCAAAAGGCUGCAUUAUUGGAGUAUGAGCAAAGCCGCACUGGCCGACUGUCGGAGGGAGCAGCAUACAGUUUUGCCUUUACCCCUUUGCAGAUGCUAGAGACCCAGUCAGAGACGCAACAGCUUACGGAAAUGGUGCGGCAUUUGGUCGAGGAAACAAGCAGCCCAAGCCUACAAGCCCAGUAUGCCUUCAUUCAAAAGACGAGUGAAAACCCUCACGAAGCGACGGCUACCACAUUCAUGCUUCGCACUCAACGUAAUCGAGACACCGACUCACUUCCCAAAGGCACACCAUCGAUCGUACCUGGCAAUUAUGUCACCGUCGUAGCCAUGCUAGCUCAUCCAUUCUCACGCGGAAGCUGUCACAUAUCCUCUGAUCUUUCCAUUGGGCCAGUAAUCAACUUUAAUUACCUCAGUCAUCCGCUCGACACUGAGAUAUUGGCUCGUCACUUGCGCCUGAUUGAAAGACUCUUCCAACAACCGACGUUUCUCGCCAUGGCCAAGCCUGGUGGAAGGAGACUACCUCGAAGCUUCCCACACCCGAUAUCGUCGCUGGAAGAUGCCAAGAAAAUACUCCCAAUCAACUCAGCAACCAAUUAUCAUCCAUGCGGCACUUGCUCAAUGAUGAAAGAAGAACUUAGGGGCGUGGUCGACGAACGCCUAAAAGUAUACGGAACGAACAAUAUAAGGGUUUGCGAUGCCAGUGUCUUGCCAAUUAUACCACGAGGAAACAUUCUGACAGCUGUUUAUGCUUUUGCUGAAAAAGCAGCUGAAAUCAUUUGUAGAGAGACAAAAGCUAGUUGUCAGUCAGACUAA